GUGGGGAUGGGUUGACAGUUGGACUAGAUGAUCUUUGAGGUCUUUUCCAACCUUUAUGAUCCUGAAAUUGGAGGGAAACACAAGCUGUAAAGCUAUCCCUAAACUUUCGAUGUCUGGUUAUCUCAAAACAGGACUGCGCUUCCUGCACUACUCCCAGGGCACGCCGUGAGCACUCAGCAGAAGGUGGGGCAGGGCAGAGAAACGCGCCAGGAGCGUUCCUUCGGUAGGAGCCUCCCCGCCGCCGCCCCACGUCCGCCGGGCAGCGGCCCGCCUCCCCGCCGCCCUCCGUCCCGCCCGGCGCCGCCCGCUCGCCGCCCGUGAACGCCGGUGCUGCCCGCGGAGCUCGCCGCCCUCUCGCCGGUCUUGGGAUACGCGCGAUCCGGGGGCGGGGAGGUGAGGCCGGCCGGCCCGCCCCGCCGCCAGGUGCCGUACCGCGGCCCGGGAAGUGCCAUCGCGCCUCUGAGGCGGCCCGGCCCGGGCAGAGCCUUCCGACGCCGCGAUGAGCAAGAUCUCCAGGUUCUUCAAGGGGGGCGGCGCCGCGGCCUCCAAGGGCCGCGGGGGGCCCUCGCCGCAGGAGGCCCUGGCCCGGCUGCGGGAGACGGAGGAGAUGCUCAGCAAGAAGCAGGAGUACCUGGAGACCAGGAUUGAGCGGGAGCUGGCGCUGGCCCGGCAGCACGGCACUAAGAACAGGCGAGCUGCUUUACAAGCACUGAAGAGAAAAAAGAGGUAUGAGAAGCAGCUGAGUCAAAUUGAUGGGACACUCUCAACCAUUGAAUUCCAGAGAGAGGCACUGGAGAAUUCACACACGAACACAGAAGUGCUCAAGAAUAUGGGUUAUGCUGCACAAGCUAUGAAAAAAGUGCAUGAAAAUAUGGACUUGAACAAAAUUGAUGACUUGAUGCAGGAUAUCACUGAACAGCAAGAUGUUGCUCAGGAAAUUUCAGAAGCUAUCUCAAACAGAGCUGCAUUUGGUGAUGAGUUUGAUGAGGAUGAGUUGAUGGCAGAAUUAGAAGAACUGGAGCAAGAAGAAAUGAACAAGAGAAUGCGAGAUGUCAGACUGCCAAGUGUUCCAUCCACAUCACUACCUUCUCGCCCCGUUUCAACCAGGAAGAGAGUGGAGGAUGAAGAUGACAUGAAGCAGCUAGCAGCCUGGGCUUCCUAAGGGCAUGGUCUUUUCCUAACAUGGAGUGGUAGAGUACAGAUGUAAAGAGCUAUAAUACUGUUAUAAACUUACCAAUUUAGUAUGGUUGUAUUUCAUACACUUUUAAAAUGGGUGAAUCUUGCUAAGAAUAGUAUGAUUUCCAUAUUACAAAAUGGGUUUUAAACCAACCAAGCAGAAAACAAUAAUUGCCAAAGCCUCCAAACUUAACAUUUAUUCCAGCCUGGAUCAGAGAUGUUUUGUUUUUAGUAUCAGUUUUUAUUAGGUUAUAUCCUGCUGUUCUGCGAGACCUCAAUGCCUCACCUGUGCACACACACAGCUGGAUGCAUUACUGCGAUGAAAAAGAUAAAUAAUGGAAGCCCCAUCCUAGGGAGUCGUGUGGUUCAGGCUGUUAGCCAAACAGCUUUAUACACAGGACCAGUGAGUUCCUUUGAGCCCGAGAGCUAGUAGCUAUUCGUGUGGGCAUGGAGACUUCCCACACUACCCGGAGCACCUUGUGGUGUCCUAGAUAUUAAGAGAAGACUCUUCUGUAGAACUUUUAAUAGUCUAUUCACUAUUUGUUUGUUUGUUUUAUUUUGUUUGUUUGUUUUAACUGUGGCAAGUGACAGCAAGACUAUUCUGUGCACAGCUGUAUGGUCAACUUGAAUCAUGUUUUAAACUAUUUCCAACUCAGCUAAAUGGCAGCUCCCCUAUGACUGGGGAAAAUAACAGUGUCCAAGAUUGUGUAGCUCCCUGCUAAACACUGAUCCUUUAAAAAAGCCAGAAGAGACUUAGCCUUCCUGACAUCCUUCCUUCCACCGUUACUUUCUGGGAUGAGUCUUUACUUUGGUUGAAAAUACGCAUCCUCACAAUUUGAAAUUCUACAAUUUCAGGAUAAUUUUUAUUCAUUUCCUGAAUGGCAGCAGUAUCAGUGUGUGAUAUUCAAAAUGCCUUUUUAACCCUUUCUGCUGAUCUAACCUACUUGUAAAGUUGACAUGUUAUUUUUAGUGUAAGGAACAGAUGCCACUGAGUGCUAACCCACUACAUAUAUAGAGACAUCACUGUUAAAAUACAAUAAAAUUAAAUAUGCUGGCUUGUACAAAGAAACAGUAUUUAAUCCGACUGAAGCUCCAUGGUACGAGCUUGCUAAAAUUCACAAGGAAAUAGUAAAACACUGGGGAGAUCCUAGGGAAGUGGAAGCAGAGUCACAUUGAUGUUUGUUUCUUCUUUUCAAAUUGAUGUAAUUUUGUGAUGACUGAACCACUUGGAGAAUAGUGGGAGGCUUGCUUUCUGUAAAUCCAUAGCAACAGGAGACUGACCAGUUACCCUGUGGGCUUUUGCCUGUGAUUUGCUUUAAUAGCCUACAGUAGGCUCCACACUAUGAAAUGUUUGGUUAGGCGCAAGCUAAUGGACGUGGCAUUCUGGUGUGCUCAGAAUCUUUCAAAUUGUGUUCUUCAAAUGAGACCCAAGAUUAACUAACAUUUUUAAAAUUUCAGUUUUUCAUUCAUUUCGUUUAUCUGUAGUGGAAUUCCUUUUGGUUUGCAUUCAUCUGAAAGCAGAGCUCAUAGAAUCACAGGAUGGCCUGGGUUGAAAAGGGCCACAAUGAUCAUCUAGUUUCAACCCCCUGCUAUGUGCAGGAUCACCAACCACUAGAGCAGCAAGUCUCUGCCUUAGGUACAGGAAGUGCUGGUGGAUGCUGAUUGCAUAACCCUGCAAGGCUUGUGGACACAUCUGGAAUGUCUGAAUGCAGGCCAUGCCAGCACAGCCCUGUGCUUCACUUGGGACAGCUGGUCUGUGAGUUGCUGUUUAGCACAUAAGCAGGCAAGAGUGAAUAGGGUCACCGUGUUACUGUAAAUAUGCUCUCUAUUACCUUGAACAUAUUUUACCAGAGGACUGUGGAAGCAGAUGGUGUACCAUAGCUGACUCUGGUUAAUUAUUUUAAGGUUGUUUUCUUAACAGGCGUGGACAUUUUGAACCCGGAUAGCUUGACAAAAAUAUUGAUUAAGAAAAAGAAGAGUUAAUAUAUACAUGUCUUGUAAAUAAAUAUUUUGGUGCCAUGAUUGUGUUGUUUUCCUGGUGGGGAAAGCUUACCUGUGCUUCUUACGCUCCCAUCAGGACACAGUACUCUAUUUAGCGACUGUGAGGAUUUCUGAGAACAUUUUUUGAUGUAUUGGUCUUUCAGGUCCAGGUUAGAAUUCAAUAAAUCCUCAAAGGUAUAAAAAGAAAAUUGGGAGAAAGAGCGGUGAAGACAAAUAAAGCAACGCGGCGGUGUUUUGUGGAGAACCUGAGAACGUCGCCUGCAGUAAGCGUUAGGGCCUGCAGGCGGAGCUCUGCGCACAGCGCCCGGAGGCGGCGGGCUGCAGGCCGGGCUCAGUGCCGUCAUUCCUUCCGCUCGUAGCGGGAGGCAGCCGGGAAGCCCUGCUCAGAAAGCGGGGCUCUCUGCCGCGCUGUGCUCCGGAGCAGCUCGGGUACCCUAACACAGGUGUGCGGGAGUACCUGAUGUAGCUCAGAGUUCACCAGCUGCUCUUCCUCACUGGCAUUGCUACAACAGCUACAAUGAGUAACAGUGCUGCAAGAAAUGCUGCCUUUUGCUCAGCCAUUUCCCCUAUAACAAAUACACAGGGAAAAACAAAACAAAACAAAAAAAAACCCAAACAAACCAAACACAACGAAGGCCAUCUACAGGUGCACUGGUUAAGUGGAUUGUUAUUAGUGGCCUUCCUAUGGCUGGGAUAGAAACUUCCUAAAGGAACAGCUGAAUGUGCAGGGCAGAGAUUACCUCAUGUGUUAAGGGUUAAAACUUCAGCUCUCAGUGCCUCGGAAGCUCUGCCAGAAAAAAUGUGUUUAACUGAAUGAGUUUCCUGGGGAAGAGUAUCCCCCACUGCAGGCUAAGUAAGGCACUGUAGAAAAGGUUUCUAAUAGCAUUAACCUGACUGCGGAUCUUAUGCUGCACCAGAUACACAAAGGGCUUUCUAUCACAGAGAGAAGAGAAGAAAAAAACGGUGGGAGAAAAUGAUAACUAGUGAAGACAUGUAUUUAUGUAGACGGAUAAGCUGUCUGCUGUCUGGGGCACAUAUUUGUCUGAGUAAACUGAAAUCUGAGCCAACAUCUGCUUCACCAGCACAGAACAGAGUCCUUUUGUUGAGAGAUCUCGCACUCUGACUUUUGGGAUGUCACAAGAUGCCUCUAUCUCUUGUCAUCUGGGCAGUGAGUGCUGUGGACUGCUCAUGGAAUGAGAGAUGCACAACUGCAACAUCCCUGUAUCACACAGGGGAUGCCAGUAGGGGUCUGCAGCAUGCUAAGAGCACAAGAAGUCAUUUGCACACGUCAUCUUUCUUUAGUUAACUAACAAACAGCAUGGUUGAGCUUUAGUUUUUCAUUGAUUAAUACUCCUUCAUAAGGAGUAUUACAUACAUAAGGAGUAUACACAUCAGCAUUAUGGUCUGCAGAAGAAGCUGCCCCGCCUGGGCCCCACUUGCACACAUAAGCAGCAGCAGAACCCACAUCUCACUCACUGGAUGGGUUGAAUUUUAUUUUUAAAGAUUCCACACAG